AUGGAUGAGGUUGGCACGUUAGAGCUCGCCGAGGGACAGCUGGCGAGGGAGCGAUACGUGGCGAGCAAUCGGUUCCGGGUGCAAGACGGGAAGGGACCGGCGUUCGAGAAGCGAUGGGCGGAGCGACCGAGUCGAUUGGCUCGACUCGAUGGGUUUCGAUUCUUCACGCUCAUGCGGCGCGUGGAGGGCGGGAACGCGUCGUACGACGACGAGGAGGCGAAUUACGUGAGCUUUACGAUUUGGGAGGACAAGGAUGGGUUCGACGCGUGGCGAAAGGGUGACGCGUUCAAGGAGGCGCACGGAGGUGGGACGAUCUUUGGAUUCAUGUCCAUGCUCGUGAGCUCGCUGAUGAUUCUCAAGGGUGGACCCAAGCCGGCGUUUUACGACGGCUUGCUCAGUCUGUCUGCGCCUAUUUCAACCAAGAGCGACAAGUGGCAAGCCGCGGAUGGAUGGAGACAGAUCCCGGCGAACGGAAAGGACCCGAUCGAGUCCGAUUUGUUCGCCGCCAUGAACAGGUUCAAGGUGAAGCCCGGGAAGGAGGCGGAGUUCGAGAAGCAGUGGGCCUCGCGCGAGUCUGAGCUCAAGGAGUUCCCGGGCUUCACGACGUUUCUGCUCCUGCGACGAGACGCGGUGAAUCCCGACGACGGCUACAACUACUCCACGUACACCGUGUGGGAAAACCGUGAAGCGUUCGACAACUGGCGAGCGAACAACAAGAAGCACUCCGCGCGCGAGGGCGAACCGCUCUUUGAAGGCGCGCCCAAGCCAGUGUUUUACGAAGGCGUCCUUGCGUUGCUGGACAAAGCCGGUGCUUAA